ACUUCCACUGAAGACGAGUCGGAUACCCACACCUGCUGUCACCUGCAAAAACUCCACGCUGGUGGAACGCCGACGACCAUCGAACAGCAGAAGGAGACAAACCGCGUAUUGUAGUUGACCACGACGGGUACGGUUACAUCUAGUCCCAGCCGCACCGGUAUAAGCGUGCCUCAGGUCAAUUUCAGUUGUUCCUGCUGUUUGUAUUCGACCGGUUUCGAAAAUACUCGGUUUUUAAGAGUCAUUUUCUUUGGAAAAUUAGUGGUUUGGGUUUGGAAUUAAAAAUACAGAAAUAAUGAAAGGAAAACUGGUUCCAUUGGUAGUUCUUACCGUUAUUGCAUAUGUUAGAUGCCAAAUUAAUAUUAGCAAUGGUGGUAGAGCUGGCCCAGGUAUUUCAGAUGAAAAUUUAGAAGAUUACUGCUAUAGACAAGAUGAAGAACCGUAUAUUUAUUUUGGUACCAAGACGUCGUAUGAUAGUUUAACAAGAAGAGGAGGCCAACAACAUACAGUGCCAGGUUGUCAGCCCGUGCAGUUUUGGUCUAUAAAUAGACAUGGAACCAGAUUACCCAAAGUAAACAAGAUACAAAAAUUGAGAAAACUUGAAGAACUCAAAGAAGAGAUCAUUAAGAACUAUGAGCAAAGGAAAUCAUAUCCAAGUAUUGGACAAUUGUGCCAUGAUGAUUACAAUUUAUUGAGGAGGUGGAGAUGGAACGAUUCCAUAACAGAAGACAAAGCUGCCUCAUUAACUCAACAAGGAGUAAACGAAUUGAGACUGUUGGCUAGAAGAUACAGGUCAAAGUUUCCUCAACUUUUCAAUCAACCAUACAACGAAGAGGCAUAUUACUUUCAGUAUACUCAAUCUGACAGAACCCAUGACAGUUACCAAGCCUACAUCGAAGGUAUCUUUAACCAGGAUUACUAUAGGGUUCAUGCAAACACUGCUGGUAACGACAUGUUACUGAAGGCUUACAGGAACUGCCCGGAAUGGCAAGAAAAAGUAGAAGCAAAUCCCGAAAGCACGAUGGAGUACAAACAAUAUCUAGAAUCUCAAGAAUACCAAGAUAUGGCGGCACAAGUGUUUAGAAGGCUUGGAUUUCGAUAUGCCUUAAACUCUUCGUUAAUUCAAGAUAUCUAUGAUAUGUGCCGGUUUGAUAAAGCUUGGCAAGUGGAUCAGCCCUCUGCGUGGUGCACUGCUUUUACCAAAGAUCAACUCAAAUUCUUGGAAUAUGGCGAAGAUUUAAAAGAAUACUACAAUACGGGUUACGGAAGCAGUCUAGUUGAGAAUAUUGGUUGUGGCCCAGUACAAGAUAUGUAUAGAAAAUUCGAAAAAACUGUGCAAGGGUAUCCUGAUGGAAAUAAAGUUACUGCUCUAUUCACACAUGCAGCAACGAUGCAAGCAGUUUAUUCAACAAUGGGAAUAGCCAAAGAUUAUACCUUACUUAGAGCUAAUAACUAUAGGCAGCAACAGAGAAGAACGUGGAGGACGUCAUUCAUUAAUCCUUUUGCAUCAAAUUUAGUUGCAGUACUGUACCAAUGCCAAAGUAGUGGUCAACCGGGCAACAACUUCAAAGUUAUGUUCUUUUUAAACGAAGUCCCUAUUGAGGAAUUCCUUGGAUGCUCAGUAGGACUUUGUGACUGGGCUACAGUCGAAAAUAAGUUCCAGAAACUAGUUGAAACCUGCAACGUGGAAGCUUUUUGUGAAGGCUUAAAUUCCGCAUCCUCUAACACUAUGUCUUUUGCUUUGGGUGUUUUAUCAGUGAUUUUAGUACUAUUUAGAAUACUUUAAUAAUUAGGAAACAGUAAAAGUAUUUAAUUUUAUCUUAAUACGUUUUUCAGAAAAAAAAAUGAUUUUUAUAUUGUAGACCAUUUUUCAUAAUUAUUUAUUUAAACUCAUCAGUUUAUUAGAUUACAUUUAAAACCAAAUAUUAGCAAGUGCUGCUGUCACUGAAACAAUCAAUUUAUGUUUUAUUUAUAUAAACUUCUAAAAUUGUACCUACUUAACACAAAAAGUCUACGAACUCAGUGUUAUUUACAUAUGAGCACAAUUUCUAUGGCAAUAUCUCUAAUUUUGUGAUUUCUAGAUUAGUUUUGUGUAUGUAUAUAACUGUAGCAAAUUUAAGUUAUGUUUUUAUCUAUUUACGGCCUGUAUGUAACGUGAUAUUCUUUUAAGACCUAUGUGUGGUUUUAAUAUUUUAAUUAUUAUUUUAAAUAGUUAACUAUUAACUUGUUAAAAAAAUUAGAAAUUUGCUUGUGUCGCAUGUCGUUUAGCUUUUGUUAUUAAAAAUCGUAGUACAAAUAAGUUGUAAGUAAAUGUUAAUAUCUGUUAAAUAAAAAAUAAAACAAU